UUUGGAUAGCAACGGACGGUUGGGCGGAUAAAUCUACGGAGUUUUAUAACUACAGUAGUGUUGCGUCAGUACUUGGUGUAACUAUUAGCCAUAAACGACUACCGAAUCUCUUCGAUCACCUUGCUAACUUCGAUACAAACCAGAAACACAACAGCAUGGAGUUCCUUGAGAGUUUUCUCGAUUGGAUUUGUGCUAAAGAAAACAUAACGAUGCAAAAGUGUAGUGACGAGAUAUUGUGGAAGGAAAACAUCGGCAAUAAGACUAUCGAAUCUGCUGCAAAAACCUAUUUAGAGUCAGUUACGAACUUCGAAGCGUACACAACGUACAUUGCCGUAUAUGCCAUUGCACAGGCACUUAAGGAUAUCCAGGAAUGUAAGUCUGGAGAGGGACUUUUAGACGAUGACGAGUGUCCGGCUAUAGAUAAGCUAGAUAGAUGGCAACUUAUGGCUUAUUUGGAGAAAGUAAAUUUUAGCGAUAACAACGGAUCUAGUUUUCGGUUUUCAGAAGACAGACAAAUUAAGCCCUCGUACACCAUCUUAAAUGGUAAUCCUUCAGAAGAUGGAAUCAUUGAAUUAGUCGAGGUGGGCUCCUAUACGCAUGGCAAAUUGGACAUAAAUGAGUCUGCCAUUUACUGGGGAACAGGCGACUCGGAGAAACCGUCAGCAGUAUGUAAUGAGAACUGUACACCAGGCACGAGGCGACAGUAUAAUAUGGGGAAUGAGUGCUGUUUCCGUUGCUUGCCUUGUUCAGGGAAUACCAUAUCAAACGAAAGUACAGGUGAAGACAGUUGUAUGGCUUGUGGAAAAGACGAGUACGCCAAUAACAAACGAUCAAUGUGCCUGAAGAAGAGCCCGGAUGUAUUUAUGUGGGACGACAUCAUAUCUCUCAUUUUCUGCAUCUUAAGCGUACUAGGAAGCUUGGCAACAGUUGCCGUCUCGUACAUUUUCUACAAACAUCGCAACACACCUGUUGUCAGGGCGUCUAGCCUAUCCCAUAUCUUUGUCUUGGCGUUUGUAUUGUUUUUGAGCUUUCAGAUAGUUUACUUUUACAUAGGAAUUCCUACAGAUACUAUGUGUAAAGUCAAAUCGAUCAUAAACAGGCUUAACCUUACAGUAAUCCUAGGCAUCUUCUGUGCUAAGCUAUACGUCAUUUUGAAGAUUUUUAAUAAUAAGCUAAACUCUAUACCUACAAACCUGUUCUAUCGGUAUUCCUGGAUGCUAGUUGCAGCUAUCGCCGGUCUUCACUUGGCAUUUAACGUAAUCCUUGAAAUCGCCAUCCCCAGUCACGUUGUGUACGAUUACAACAAUUCAUUAACAAUUCUGCCUAUCUUCUGCAAUGAAACUGAUGCUGGUUUUAUUGUCACGAACCUAUACCAGUUGAUAAUGUCUUUGACGUGCUUUAUCUUUGCUUUCCGCGCCCGGAACCUGCCAAAGAAUUUCCAAGAAGCGAGGUUUAUAUGGUUCAUCAUGUUCACAUGGUGUAUACUUGAAAUUUUCUCAAUUCCCGCGCAUUUUGCAGCAGCCGGAAAGCUCCAGAUAUGUUUUCAAGUAAUAUUUCUUCUGCUGUUUAAUUUCUUGACGCUUUCAGCAUUUUACUUUCCAAAAUGCUACCUUAUUUACUUUCGUCCAGACAAAAAUACAAGAGAAAAUGUGGGAAAAGAGAUCCGUGAACAAGGAACAUCACAACCACGCGAAUGCGGCGAUGUACAGUUGUGUAACACAACACCAUCAGACGACGAGGCAGGUUUAGGUCAUGAAAUUUCGGGUUAAAAUAUGUAAAUGUAAAUCCUAAUGCUCACAAAGAUUUUCACUAUUUUGCGUAAAGAUCAUAGUAUUUUUUCUUUUGAUACAUUUCGGCAGUAGUUCUAAUGUACUUUGUAAAUUUUGAGAAGUUUGUGAAGGGUAGGGGUUACCCCGAAGUACUGGUCGAUUCAGUCCCUGUUGCUUAAUGGAUAUGUCACGUAGGAUAGUGGUUAAGGUCGCUAAUUGACAUAUCCUUGGCGCUCGUGCCCAUACGAAUAUAAAAGAUCUGCUCUGAAUAUAAAAUUCGAUUUUAAAUACUGUAUAUCCAACAGCCGUUUCAGCGAGUGAAUACAUUGUUCUAAUUGUAUACACAGAUAAACAAUUUUAUAAAUGAUGUAAUUAUACUAGAUAUUUUAGUAUUAUCACUUAGUUAAAAACAAGAAAAACAAGAAGUAGUUUUGUAAAUUUUGAAUGCUGAUUUUAAUUUUGUUUUAAUUACCGGUAUGUGUCUAUAUGCAUAGAGAGAUUUGUAUAAUAAUAUUCUUUUUAAACAUACGGCUAUAGACCAAUUAUAAAGAAAAUUACAAAAAAUGAAAAAAAAAUUAAUUUUACCUAAUGAAAA